CCAGAGAAGGGGGUUUAAUUGCGAUUGACAUUGACAUCAACAGCUCCAAUUGGACGAUCCCUGUACGGCACCUCACAGCUAUAUAUCCAGGCACUUCACACACACUUUCUAGGUACUCUUUCCGGCCGCUUGCACGCUGCAUCAGAUGACUCUACCAAAGGAAUACGUCAAUGAGCUCAACGAGCUGAACAAGGAGGUGCAACGCCAGGCUCCAAAGGACGUGUUGCAGUUCUGCGCCAACUAUUUCCAGAAGAGACUGGAGGAGCAACGCCAGCUGGCGUGGGCACAAGCUCCCAAGUUGAAGUCUCAAGGAAUUGACCUUUUCCCGCAGAGCACAGGGUCUGAGAGCACCCCCGUGGAGAAGGAGGCUCCGUUGCUGUUCAAUCAGCCUUUCACUGAUAACGACCCGCACGCGAGGGAUGAGGGCGAGGCACCAAGUGAUAUCUUCAAGUCUGACUUCAACGUUGGAAGCUCACACAGUGGGCGCGCUGCCGCCACGGUGGAUCCACGCGCCGCCGUGGAGCAGCCAUUCAGAAGAAGCUCCAUUGCAGCACCACAAGGCGUGAACUUGCCAUUGGCUUUCAACGCCAACAGACGUACAAGUGUCAGUGCAGAGACCUUGAACCCACAUGGGAUCAAGGAUGACUGGCAUGCUCCUGUGAUCCCGAAAUCAGCAGAUCAGUUGCAAAGAUUGAGCAACUCUGUUGUUAAGAACUUUCUGUUUGGUUCGCUGGACGAGGACUCGUUGAAGACUGUGAUUGGUGCGCUGAAAGAGGUGAAACUGCCUGCUGGCUCUGAGGUCAUCAAGCAAGGCGAUGAAGGUGACUUCUUCUACGUUGUUGAGUCCGGUGAAGUUAGCUUUUACGUGAAUGGCAUCAAGGUGAGCUCAUCUGGCCCAGGUUCCAGUUUUGGUGAAUUGGCACUCAUGUAUAACUCCCCAAGAGCUGCCACUGCGCUGGCAGAGACAGACUUGGUACUCUGGGCCCUGGAUAGACUCACCUUUAGACGAAUCCUGUUGGCCAAAACCUCCAGAAAGAGACAACUCUACGAGAGCUUCCUGAAGGAGGUUCCUGUGCUAUCACGUCUGUCGUCAUAUGAACGCUCCAAGCUGGCAGAUGCGUUGGAGACGGAAACCUACCAACCGGGAAAUGCCGUUAUCAAAGAAGGUGAGGUUGGUGAGAACUUCUAUCUCAUUGAAAGUGGUGAGGCCAAUGUUCUUAAGGAAGGAGAAGGUGUUGUGAGCCAUUUGAAGAGAGGUGACUACUUUGGUGAGGUUGCUCUGUUGAACGAUCUUCCAAGACAGGCAAGUAUCGUUGCCACUACGGAAUUGAAGGUUGCUACGUUGGAUAAGAAGGGCUUCCAAAGAUUGUUGGGACCUGCUGUUGAGGUUUUGAAACGCCAGGAUCCAACAAAGCAUUAGAAUAUCAAUGAAUUCCAUACAUUGCAACGUUACAAGAAAGAAAAACCACACACUUUUUACAACACAGGUUCCACACUCCCAGUGAGCAUACAGGGAAAAGACACUGCAUCCGUAUGUAGUCAACUUUUUUGUUCUCAUCAUUUAAUUGUUUACGAGUUUUGAUGUUAUUACCUCUUUUUACUCAGA